CAGACUGAUAGGCAGGCGGCAAGAUGAGAGAGGAACUUACGGCACUUCACUGAAGGAGAGGCAAGUCCGUGCGUAAAAACAGAAGCUUACCACGCAGCUGCGCAACAUCGGAGGAACCUGGGCAAUAACACAGAUUUCGUCGAGUGAAAACACGAAAGCAAAAACAGCAACGGAGAGAGCGGCAGGAAAACUGGUUGUAUGGCACCUCAGUCGUGCGUAAUGAAUCCUGCGCAGGGAUCACCGCCCUCGGCUGCUCCGGGGGAGACCUCACCGGAGGACCGAGCCGCUGGUGGCAUGGGAACCGACGAACUGGACCUGUCAUCUGUCAGAAGAUGUAAAACCAAAAGUUUAGAUCUGCCUUUCAGUGUGGAAUCCCUCAUAUCAGACAGGACGCAGGACAGAAGUCUCCACUACCCCGAUCCUGGUUCAGGCUGCGUCCGGGCAGAGGAGACCGAGUGUGCGUCACCGAGGGGACUUUAUCGGUCCAAACAAGAGGCGGUGGACCUCAGCGACAAGGAGACGAGCCCCUGGUUUCAGGCUCCUAACGCAUCCCCUCCAAGACUUCCCAGCCCGACCGGGUGCAAUCUACGGAAACACAAGAACAACAGGAAACCCAGAACUCCCUUUACAACCUCUCAGCUGCUUUCUCUGGAGAGGAAGUUUCGUCAGAAACAGUACCUCUCCAUCGCGGAGAGAGCGGAGUUCUCCAACUCCCUCAGCCUUACAGAGACCCAGGUCAAGAUCUGGUUUCAGAACCGCAGGGCCAAGGCCAAGAGACUGCAGGAGGCCGAGCUGGAGAAGGUCAAGCUGGCAACGAAGCCGCUGCUGCCGGCCUUCGCCUUUCCCUUCCCCCUGAGCGCACCCAUGGGCGCACCGUCCCUCUACGGGGCCCUAAACGGACCGCGGCCUGCCUUACCUGUCCCAGGACUAUUCAGUGGACCAUAUGGGAUGUACUACUUGUCCUAACCCUCACUAACUUUGAACUGCAUCGAUGGGAAAGCUGCCUUUAGAAAAUGCCUUCAUACAGCAAAUAACCAAGACUGCAAAAAUGUCCAUUUUAUGAGUCAAUCUGUCUGAAAUAUAUUAACUCUAAAGUAAAAAAAAAAAUCUAAUGGUGUGAGAAGAAUCCUUUUCACACAGACAUGUUGGUAGAACAAUCUGGCUUAAUUUUUACAUUUAAAAUAGUCGGUUCAUUCAAGGAACUCGUGGAACAGAAACAAGGGAGAUAUUUUGACUCGAUUUUAAGAUUGAGGCCCUACUUUAUGGUAAAUCUGACUAUUUGUUAACAUGGUCAUUUUUUGCAGUGUAUUCAGUAAAAAAAUAAUAAUGACGGACUCUCACUGAGCUAGUGUUUCGUAUUAAUUUUUUUGACAUUUCAUAGGCAAGGUUUUCUAUUCCAAUAGAAGUAUUAUAACAAAUACUUUAGUCAACGUCAUUUUAAUUUCGCCAGGAUGACGAUUAUUUAAAGGCCUGUAGUUUGCGUUUAAAGCAAUAACUCACUAAAGUGUCCAUGUGAAUCUUUUAUUUCUAUUCCAGAGACCUUUGAAAAUGUCUCACCUUAAAAGGCCAGUUUCAAAUGUUGGGGGUUUAGAAAACACUGAAGAGCAUCAUUUAAUCAUCCACAUUCAUCCACUUUAAGUAGGUUAGCUAUAAUCUGAAGAAGUGAACUGUUUAAUCAUAGACUCAGACUCAGAUAAUAUCGCUCACAGUCAGACUUUCUUUUUAUAAGCUGAAGGUGGAAGGCAGGUCUGAUUGGUAUACUCAACCUAAAAUUAUGAUCAGAAGCUAUAAAGAGGCAAUCUCAAGCUUUAAAGUCAUUUAACAAAACACACACAGUUCAAUUAGUGCAAAAGUACAUCCAUAUUUAUAAUCAUAAGUGGGUCAUCCUUAACAGCUCACAAUCAAUAACAAAACUAUGAAGUGCUCAUUAGUGCCUUUCAUUUACUGUUGUAAUAAAAUCAAGUGUCCCUAAAAAAUGUUUUUUUUUUAAGUUUCAUCUUCAAAAAUAUGUUUACUUUUGGCAUUUUACCAUGGAGCUGUCAAAUACUGCAGUGACUUCUCCAUGUUAACUAUGAACCACGAGACCUUCUCAAGGUGAAUUUACUAUUACAAUAUCUUAUCCACACAGUUUCUGUUUGUUUCUAACUUCUUAAUAAUUUUCUGUUUCAAAAACACAAAUUAUCUAUAAAAUCUGCUUUACUAUUGUCAUUUAAAAUUGGUAAUUUUUCUUCUUACAUUACCUCAAAAAACUUUUUUUGCACAGAUAUUCAAAGAGCUCUUAAAAGUCCAAGACCACAGUUCCAUUACUAAAUGUAAAUAAGUCAUCAACUAUUUUUGCAAACACUCAAAAGGCUAAACACGACUGAUAGACUCACAUCAGUCAUGAAUGUACAGUGUAUUUUAUAUCUGAUGGGUGAAAAGAUGUUUUGUACAAUUAUUAAAAUCUAUUAUGUAAAUUCUGA